AUGCCAACCUGCAAUGAAACCAACAUCAGUCCUGCAACAUUCAUCCUGGCAGGCAUCCCAGGGCUGGAAGCUGAUGGCCCCUGGAUCUCCAUCCCUUUCUGUUCCAUGUACCUCAUUGCAAUUCUAGGAAACAGUCUGAUUCUGUUUGUGAUCAAGACACAGCAGAAUCUCCAUCAGCCCAUGUACUUGUUCCUUUCUAUGUUGUCUGUCACCGACCUUGGCUUAUCUGUUUCCACCUUGCCAACAAUGCUCAGCGUCUUCCUGUUUAAUACCAGAGAAAUUGGCAUUGAUGUCUGUCUGACCCAAAUUUUCUUUAUUCACACUUUCCUCCUCAUGGAAUCUUCUGUACUAGUAGCCAUGGCAUUUGACCGCUUUGUUGCAAUACACCACCCGCUAAGAUAUGCUUCGACUUUAACCAGUGCAAGGAUAGGAAUCAUAGGGCUGGCGAUAAUAAUCAGGGGUAGUGGUUUGAAUAUUCCAGCUGUCAUUCUUCUCAAGAGGUGGCCUUACAGCAAGAUCCAACCUCUCUCUUAUUCAUAUUGUUUGCAUGCAGAUGUGAUGAAGAUGGCCUGCGCAGACACUACACCCAGCAGCUUCUAUGGUUUGUUUAUUCUCUUUUCUUCUCUGGGAUUAGACUCAGUGCUCAUUGUCUUGUCUUACAUCAUGAUCCUUCAGACUGUACUGAGUAUCACGUCCUGGCAAGAGCGUGUCAAGGCUCUGAACACCUGUGUCUCCCACGUCUGUGUCACCCUGCUUUUCUACAUCCCACUGAUCAGUUUGUCUAUGAUUCAAAGGCUCAAGAAAAAGGCUUUUCCUCAGAGUCAAAUUCUUCUGUCUUAUCUCCACCUCCUCUUCCCCCCGGUGCUCAAUCCCAUUGUAUACAGCAUAAAAACCAAAGAGAUUCGUAAAUGGAUCAAGAAGAUCUUUCAAAACUAUUUCACUAACAGACUGCAAUGGGGGCACUGA